UCAAAAGUACUGCAAUGGGUAGCUGACCAAGUUUCUAGUAGGGAGAAAGUGGGCGGGAGGCGGGAGCAAAGGUUAAUUUACCUGACGUGCGCCAAAAUGUAUUUCUCUCGAAACACAACAUGUCAUGUCUUGUCCUGUGUGCAGUGCUACAUAUCUGCGUGAGCGCAGAGCGAGAAACACCAUUUCCCGUUUGCUUCCACGACCAUCGAGUCCGUCGGUGAAGCUUAGCUUGCCACUCGCCCACUCCGUCGGUGAAGCAGCUGGGUGUGGCAUCUUGAUUCUUGCAUGCAUCCAUGGCGGGGAGGUUCCUCCUGACGCACGACGUCUCCGACCUCUGCAUCGGCAAGCCGGCGCUGCGGUGGCUGCCGCCGUCGUCCACCGUCGCCCACGCCGUGGCCGAGCUCGACGGCGGCGGCCCGGACGCGUGCGUGGCCGUGUGGGACGGCUAGGGGACGACAGCCGUCGCCGGCAGGGUGCGCAUGUCCGACGUGGUCGUCUUCCUCUGCGCCGACAGCAACCUCGCCUCGCCAGCAGCCGCGCUCCAGGCGACGCUCGCCGACCUCCUGGUGGCCGCCGCAGGCGCCAACGCGCCGCCCGUUCGCUGCGUCCAGCCCCACGUCAGCGUGCUGGAAGCGGUGGACGCCUUGCUGGGUGGCGCGCAGUGCCUCGUGGUGCCCAUCCAGGACAACCGGAGGCGCGGGGCGCUGGAGGCCGGGGUGACCAUGAUGUGCUGGCUGACGGUGGAGGACGUGGUGCGCUUCUUCCUCGGCUCCGUGGCGCUCUUCUCCGCAACCGCCUCGCGCUCCGUCUUCGACCUCGGCGUCGUCAGCCCGGCCCUCUCCGUAGCGGCCACCGACGGCGCGCUCUCUGCCGUCGCGCCGCUCCUCCGCACUGCCUCCGUCGCGGUGGUGUCCGGCGGCCGCAUCGAAGGCGAGGUCUCGUCGUCCACGCUAUGCUCCCUCGACCCGUCCCUCGCGGCAGCCGCCUUUGCCACGCUCUCGGCCGGCGAGCUCGCGUCCUUCGUCGACUAUGUCCCGACGACACGAGAAGCCGCCCUCCGCGUAGUCAGGUCGCGCAUCCGCCGACGUAACCUCCACGGCAUGCUCGACCUCCUCGACGGCCACGAUGACCUGUCGUCCCCGUCUUCGUUGUCGUCUUCAUCCUCCCCAUUUUCCUCUUCCUCUUCGGACGACGACGAGGCGGCCUACAACACGAGGCCGACAGGCAAGCACGGUUCAUGGUCGAAGGGGAGGCGGGCGGCGAGGGAACCCAUCUCAUGCCGGCGUGGGAGCUCGCUGGUGGCGGUGAUGGCGCAGGCCGUCGCGCACCGCGUGACGCAAGUCUGGGUGCUUGGCGACGAGGAGGAGCUGGUGGGUGUCGUCGGGUUCCUCGACGUGCUCCGGGUGCUCCGCCGCCACCUCCUACACACACCAGCCGCGCACGUCUAGAGCCGGACGAACGGCAGCAGAGUAGCUUUGUUCAGCAAGAGCAGCAGAGUAGCUUGGUACUAACAGCAUCUCUAUCAGAUCCCGCAUUCCCGCAUCGCAACGCCCAUCCGCAUAAUAACAAAAAUGCUAGACUUACGGGAAGUUUCCUACGGAAAUUUUCUACGGGGUCAUGUGGAGUUGUUCGGUUGGUGCAAAACAAUUCCAUCCCGUGAUUUUAGGAA